AUGUCCAUGAGAACUCUGCCCCUGGUUUUCAUUAACCUGGGUGGAGAAAUGCUCUACAUCCUGGACCAACGUCUGCAGGCUCCCAACACGUCUGAGGACCAGUCAGAGAAAGUGAUGAAGGACAUCGUGGGGACCAUGUUCAGUAAAGUCUUCAUGGAUGAACUUCUCAAAGCGCAGCAGCUGUAUUCCCACCGGACGAUGAAGACGGUGCUGACGCGGCUAGCACACGCCUCCAUCAUGAGGCUGAACCCGGCCAGCAUGGACAGGCUCUACGAGCUGAUGGUCAUGGCCUUUAAACAUCAAGUCCUCCUUUGUCCACGUCCCAGAGACCUGCUGCUGAUCUCCUACAACCACAUCGACACCAUCAGGGAGUUUGUAAAGGACAGUCCUGCGCUGGUGAACCAGGUGGACGACACGCACAGGAAAAUCAUCGAGGUUUACUCACAUUUAUCAGAAGGAGAGUUCCAACUUCUGCGCCAAACACUGCUCAUAUUUUUCCAGGACAUGCACAUCCGAGUGUCGCUUUUCCUAAAGAAUCAAAUCCAGAAUCCCAGCGGACGUUUUGCCCUGGCAACCUCCGGCCCGGUGCCUCAUGGGAUCGAUGUCCCCGGACUUAUUAGGAUAUUCGACGUGAGGGGCAGAGAGGUGAAGCGAAGGGAGUUCCCCACCGGAGGACGUCACAGCAGCGCCGUCAGACCGGGAUGCUUCGAUCUGCAUGGAGACAGAGUCAUCAAACUGGGCUUGAACAUGUACACGGUGGACCAUCCGGAGGAGACACGCGCAUGUCAGACACCUGGUGCGAAGCCUGACGACACUCCCAACCCGCUGGCCAAGGAGGAGCUGAACCUGCUGGCUCGUCUCAUGGGCAGCAUGAAGGCCGAGAACGCCGCCAGAGCUGAAGUCGGCUUCCGGAUCAACCUGUUCCACACAGACCAGGAGGAGGAGGCGCGAACUUCAGAUGGAGCUCAGGGGUGUUUGUUUGAAGUGAUCAAUAUACAAGCCCUGCAGGAUGAACAGGCAGCCAAUGAGCUGGCUCGGAUCGCUGGACAGUUUGCAGAAGAAGAUGAAGAGAAACCUGAAACCUGCAGCAGCAAAGGAGACGACCUGCUGGCCAUGAUGGACGGCCUCUGACCCGACACCAGAUUGAUCAUCAGUUUAUCCUCUUAAGAACUUCUUACUGAACCUCUACUGAAUUUGAUCUAAAAUAUGCAGAUUUGUCUCAAAUAUCAUGUAAAUAUCUGCCUCUCACUCUGUAGCAGUUAAAUAUGAAUCACAUACAAAGUGAAUGUGUGUCAGACA